AUGUUACGUCGACGCGCUUCCGAUGUUGCUCACGAAUUCAUUCGAUCCAUAUUCGGUCGAUUCAGAAGAGACGACACAAAACGUUCACUGUCUACUGGCGACUUAGCCGAUAACUACAUGGAAAUGGAUUUUACUCAACCGACUACGAGUACUUUGCCGGCACAUUUUGACGAUUGUGAUCUCGUUCCUAUGGACUUCAGUUCAUCCACAUAUCCUCGUCUGCUGCCGCAACAUGAUCGAAGUGCCCAAAAAUUGGUGCGACAUGGGAGCCAAUUGGAUAACAGUAUUGCAUCCAUAGCUGACUACAAUCGUGCUCAAAUAUGGUUUCAUCAAGGUAUGGAUUCGGCCAAAGCCGAAAGAUUACUGCGCAGCUCUGGAUGUGAGGAAGGAUCAUUCGUGAUCUCGCAACAGUCCACGCAAUACGUGCUUUCAUUUGUACACUCUGCUACCGUUCACCAUAUGCGUGUCGGGUAUUCCGUUAAGGAAAACGGAGAGCCAAAGUUCCGUCUGGAUAUCGAUCGAAGCUUCAAAAAUCUGCACGAUCUCGUUGCUUACUACACAAAACACAAGGCGUUUGUCCUGCCAAUUAAACUGGGACGUGGUGUUGCUCGACCACUUCGCAGACCACAUGCACGAACCAGAGCGUGA